AUGAAGUGCAAUAUCGGCUAUAAAGCUUUUCACGGCACGUGUGUCGCCAUCAUCGCUCCGUGAGUUUUUCGGCAUUUUCAUCGAGAACAAGUUGAAGCUGCGAAAUUCGUCCGUCGCUUGUGCGUAGUAGUUUCUUUUGGUGGUUUCAGGAGUGUGGGGGCUGCAUGGAUCUAGUGGCUAUGACUUUACAUAAGUCCAACCCCCUUUUUCAAGAAACAUUGAUUUUGCGUAGAUAACCGAAUAUGUGAAAUCUAAUCAGGUUUGAUACAAAAAAAAACCACUGACUCCCACCGGAGUCUUGCCAUUUGAACUGCGCAGCGCUUGCACCAAGAAGUCAAUCGCCUUCUACGACAAUUUCCAAACGUCCAAGAACGGCGAGCCUGCCGUCACGGUCACUUGA